AUGCUCACGGCAUCAGAAGCCCACCCUGCCAUCCACCACUCGCUGCUCCACAACCUCCCACAGACGAUUUUAACAUUAGAUAUCCAUAUCUCUACUCCAUACAAGUACCAGCGGCCCGUUUUACUACACGUCAAAGCCGGCAGCAAGGGCGAAUCCCAACUCGAGGGGUUGAGAAGGGGGCUCAGUGGGGUCAAGAGUUUCUUGGUCAACGUUCUCGACGUCGACCUGUUGGGAAGUCUCUUGGAAGGAUUCGGUACCGCUUACGAACCAACACCCUCAUCCUCUUUAUUGCCAGAAGCAGAGAGCAACAAGGGCCAAGGGUAUUCGUCCCCUGCCCUCCAAUCCUUGACUCUUCUCGGACCCCACGACUUGACAGACCCCAACAUUACAAGAACGGUCUCUCACUCUCCUAGCAUCCACACUCUCAAGCUAUACCCUCGCAGCAGCCGUCCAAUUCCGCGAUUCACUGUCGCCCCACCCGCCUCUACGGAUCAGACCGCACCCUCACCCCCAACAACAGGCACUACCAUCAAUCCUCCAGCAUCACCUUCCCAAGCAACCAGUGGAACUGGCACUGGAGGUGGUCCCGUGCGGACAUUUAUCAAUAUCGACCCAUUCACGCCAUGGAAUGCGGUAGAUGCGCUAUCCAAUGAGGCGUGGUUCCCUGCAUUAGAAAACCUGGUCGUACAGUUGCCUCAGUUUGAAAAGACGACUCCCGAGCUGGACAGGAUCAAAGCUGUCUGCGAGAAGAGGGGCGUGAGGGUCCGAGUGGAGCAGGCACAGGGAGUGACCGUACUAUGA